AUGGAGAUAUUUUUAAUUUCUUUGGCCCUAAUCCUAGGAUGCGUUGUCUUUUAUUUAUUUCAUCAGCAAAAUAACUUGCACAGACCCCCAUGCAUAAGGAGCUGGAUACCUUGGAUUGGAGCUGCUUUUAAAUUUGGAAAAUCUCCUCUGGAAUUUAUAGAGCAAGCAAGAAUCAAGUAUGGACCAAUAUUUACAAUUUUUGCUUUGGGUAAUCGUAUUACUUUUGUAACUGAAGAAGAGGGUUUUAAUGUAUUUUUCAAGUCAAAAGAAGUAAAUUUUGAAAAUGCAGUGGAAGACCAUAUUUAUCGAACAGUAUCAAUUCCAAGGAAUAUCUUUUUAACAUUGCAUGGUCCAUUAUAUGGCCUAAUGAAAAACAAAAUGAAGAUGUCCAAUCUGUAUCAGUUUAGUGAAAAGCUGAUAGAAGGAGCACAUGAACAACUGGAGAGUUUGGGCACUAAUGGAAAUCAGGAGCUCUACAAUUUAGUAAGGAAUACCCUGUAUCCUGUCACAGUGAAUGCUGUUUUUGGAAAAGGCUUAUAUCCAACAACGCAGAAGAAAAUUCAAGAAUUCCAUGAGCAUUUUAAGAUUUAUGAUGAUGGUUUUCAAUAUGGGAGUCAGAUUCCAGAAUGUUUCUUAAGAAAAUGGACAAAAUCCAAAAAGUGGCUUCUAAAUCUACUUGAACAAAGAAUUUCUGAUCUAGAGAGGGUCGAAAGUUCAGAUGAUCUGACAAUGAUGCAGAUGAUUUACAAAACUGUAAGGCAAGAAACAAAAGAACUUAUGCCUCCCAAAUAUGCUGUAUUAAUGCUUUGGGCUUCUUUGUCUAAUUCUGUUCCUGUUGCAUAUUGGACAAUUGCUUUUAUUCUUUAUCAUCCUUCUGUUUACAAGAACCUUAUGGAAGGCAUAACUUCUGUGUUUGGUGAAGCAGGUAAAAAUGAAAUUGAAAUGUCAGAAAAUGACCUGAAAAAACUUCCACUACUUAAAUGGUGUGUUUUGGAAGCCAUUCGCUUAGUUUCCCCUGGUAUAAUUGCAAGAAAGGUGAUUGAGCCAGUGAAAAUUUUGAAUUAUACUGUUCCUUCUGGUGAUAUAUUAAUGAUGUCUCCUUUUUGGGUCCAUAGAAAUCCAAAGUAUUUUUCAGAACCUGAAUUGUUCAAGCCUGAACGUUGGGAAAAGGCAAAUUUAGAGAAGAAUGCUUUCUUGGACUGGUUUGUGGCAUUUGGAGGAGGGAAGUACCCAUGUCCAGGAAGGUGGCUUGCUAUAUUGAAGAUUGAAAUCUUUGUUGCCUUAAUAUUUUAUAAGUACCAAUUUAAGCUGCUGGAUCCAUUUCCCAAAAAGAAUGUUAACCAGAUAAUGGGUAUCCAGAAGCCAGCAACACCAUGCCGAGUCGAAUAUAAAUGCAGAAAAUAAAAGUUUAUUAAUCUAGAAUCUGGACCAAUAUCUAAGACAUGGAUUCUCAAGAUGUCCUUAAGUCUUGAUAGCUGUAUUCACUAAAGUAACGUGCUACAUAUUAGAAUAUCUUAACUAACUGUAUGUAAUUAGAUUAGAUUUUUGUUUUUAAUAGAUAACUGACUAAUUAUUAAUCAAAUUGGCAUUAAUUAAAUUGCUGUCUCAGCAAUGUAAAAAGUAAUGUACAAUUACGUACAGUAGAACUAGAAGUAAUAGUGAAAAUAUUUUUUUUAAAUAACUUUUAAAGCAGCCUUUUCACAUGCGAUACAGUAUUCCUCUGGAUUGAAAAAAGUUGCAAAAUUAUAGGUUUUUUUCAAGGAUCCCAGAGAAUUUAAGUAAAAAAAAAACAAUUUUACCUUGUUAAAUCUUGCCU